CAGUUGUGAGGACGGCCGUACAUCAACUUGAGGAUGAAGCCGUAGAUUCCAAAUAGACGAGUGACGAAUGGAAAAAGUUCGAGUGAACGUUUUCUUUAUCUGGUUUUUGUCUGGAAUUUGCUUCGCACUUGAAAUUGCCCUUGUACAUCCAUCGUCGCCUAUUUCCUUAGAUGAUUUCACUCCAUUUGGUGAAGACAAUGGUGAUGUAUUAAUGCCCAGUCAGCUCGAUGCAAUUUCAGACAAAAUCAACAUAAGGACAGCUUUUCCUUUGUUUGGUCGGAAGUUUACUUCCUUGUAUGUUAGCAGCCAUGGUCUGAUAUCAUUCGAAAAAGUAUUUGCAAGCUACAAGCCAAAAAGGUUCAGUCCUCUUGUUGGUAACUUUACUAUAAUCGCUCCAUUCUGGGCAGACGUUGCAAGAAGAUAUAUAGGUGGUAUUUUCUAUAGACAAAACAAUAGCCAAUAUCUACUAGAAGUGGCAUCAAUCGACGUAAGAAAGGCCUUUCCAGAAUUCUCGCGAUUCUCUGCAAUAUGGAUGUUUGUCGCUACUUGGAAGAACGUAACGUUUUAUGGAAGUCACAACAAUUAUAUGACUAAGAACAUCACUAACACCUUCCAGUCAGUAUUGCUAACCGAUGGCCGCUACUCGUUCGUUCGUUUUAACUACCACAAAAUUACAUGGACAACAGGGACAACAAGCGGAGGGAACCCCAAAAACGGCCUUGGAGGAACUGAAGCAGGGUGCGGGUUCAACGCUGGAUUUGGUAAUCAUUCCUACAACGUCGCAUUUAAUGGGUAUCGAAAUAUUAGUGUACUAGAUCUCCCUUUUAAAACAAACGUCAAUAAGUCAGGAGUGUGGAUGUUUAGGACAGACGGCAUCACAAUACAAGAGGCAAAAGGGAAGGUGGAAGACAAACCACGUAAUGUAACAGUGUCUCCAUCACAUCUGGUGUUGAAUGAAACAGAAACAUUGACUCUCACUUGUGAUGCAUCAACUAAUCCUGCUGGAAACUACUCGUGGUCGCUGAAUGGCAAGAUUUUGGAAGGAAAAACUAACCGUGUAUUAACUAAAGACAAUAUCACAGCACAAGAUGCUGGAGAAUAUAUCUGUACAGUUACGCAUACCUUUGGUGCUGAUACAAGUAACAAAGCCGUUAUUUAUAUUCGAUACAUUGGAAAUGCAGUUUGUUCUGCUCCUGCUUCAGCCAACGAAGGCGACCUUAUGGUUUUGAAUUGUUCAGCAAAGGGCUAUCCACCUGUAAGCUAUACAUGGACUACACCAGACAAAGUACAUCAACGACCAAUCGCGAGUAUUCCAGCCACUGCCGAUCUGAAUGGUGUAACAGUAACAUGCAAAGCCACAAAUAAAAUCGAAAACAGCACAUGUACGAGAUCACUGACAGUGUACUAUAAGCCAUACAACAUCCAGGUGUCGCCAACAAGUGUGGUUUUGAACGAAAAAGAAUCAAUUAAUAUCACCUGUAGCGCAUCAGCUAAUCCUCCUGGCGAGUACUCCUGGUCAUUCAAUGGAAAUGUUUUGGAUGGUGAAACCGAUAAAGUAUUAGCCAAACGGGACAUUACACGUGAUGAGGCUGGAGAGUAUAGGUGUAUGGCUACUAACAGUGUUGGUAGUGGUGCAAGUAAUACCUCUGUAGUUAAAGUUCUAUAUUUGGAAGAGUGCAAGACUAAGAAGUAUACGCUGACCAAUGAACAGUGUCUUACCUUAUCACCUAAAGGUUUUCCUGUACCAACAAUAUCCUGUGCAAAKGGGUAUUUCAAUCUGACAGGAAGCAACAGUUACACUUUAUGUAARCCAGAAAACAACGACAACUGUACGAUUUYCAAUGCUGCUGGAAAAUGYCAAUUUGAAUACGAAGUAGUGAUUCACGUUGCACCAUUUACGUUUAGCGCCACAUUUCGUUUGACCAGCCGUGAAUACCAACAGGAAUUUAACGACAAAAACUCACCAAGUUUCAACAAACUGAAAGAUGAAAUUGAGAAAGAGGUAUUUAUUUAUUUUUUUUGUGCAGCCUGCCCCUUACAAACGAGGAUUAUUGGCUGGGGGGUCAGUAUUAGUCCAUGGGCCAAGCCACGACUAGUUACCACUUAGAGGGACAAAUUAUGACUACUUUUAGGUCAAAGGGUAUCACAAAAGGUAUCAAAAUUUUGUGGAUAGCCAUCUCAAAUCGGUAGCUUUCAUAUCUAAUUUUCUUUGUCUAAAAUUACCAAAAAUGCUAAUUUGCAUGAAAACGAGGCUACCCAAAAAGUCUUAUUUUAAAAGGAUUGUUUGGAAUUUUUCCAAAAAUAUCGCGUAAAUAUAAAGUAAGACUAUUUAAGAAAUUAAAAAAAAACAUUUUAUGUGAAAGAAAAGUGAAGAAUUAAAACAAAAUGCAUAAAAAUGGUCACUCCACAAGCGCGUUGCAUUCUGGGUAGAAUCCAAGAUGGCUGCUUCAUCAUCAGGUUAGUUUGUUAUUGUUGUCUGUAAAUUAAGUGUUUUUAUUGCGAAAAGUGCUUUAUCUUUAACAGUUAUAUAUCAGAAUAACUUCUUUAAAUAUUGCUAACACA